UACCAAAAACACAAAUGAUUUUGUUCAGGUGAAAGUUUAUGUAAAUGAGGACAGUACAAAAGACUCGAUGCUAAUUUUGCAAGCAGGAGGGGAUAAUUGUAGCCUGGACUUUAGGAACAUAAUCCCCAAUUCCAUAAGCAAGAGUGAAACAUUGAGCAUGUCUAGAUUCCUCAGCACAUCUACAGGCUUUGCUCUUGUGUGCAUCUUCCUUGCUUUAGCUGUGGUCAUAGGUGUUGCCUGGUUAUGUAUUAGGUUUCAUCCUUUGCUACUACGAAAAGCUGGCCCCAAAUACCACAAGUUAGAGGUGGGAUUACCAGUUUCAACUGGAGGAAAGAAAGAAACUAAUGAUGGUGAUGAUAACUGGGAUAACAGCUGGGGAAAUGCAUGGGAUGAAGAAGAAGCCCCAAUGACACCCUCAAAGACUAUUUCAAAUCCAUCACUGAAGGGCUUAGCCUCACGGAGAUUUAACAAAGAUGGUUGGAAAGACUAGCGAGCAGCCAUGAAAUCACUAAGAGCAAGAAGGGAAUUUUGUUCUUUUUUCUGAAUUCAUUAUCAUUAUAUAAAAUUGUUUAUAAUUGGGCUGUUUAAUUAUUUAUAAAACAGGCACAAGAUCAACCUCAAAGACAUCUUCAUUGAUUUUAUUUGUGAAGUCAAUCAAACUUAGUGCAGUGUGAUCUUAAUCAUAUGCAGAGUGUAAUGCUUGUCACUAAGAUUAUUCUUUUUUGUAGCUUUUCUUUAUGUUUACAA